ACACGUCCGAUUGCUCGACAUUGCCGACUCGGCAAGUGUAGCAGGAAGAAGAUCUGUACUAGGGCACCACAUCUUUAUUAAACAAAUCGAAAGGAGCAGUUAAACCAGUCAAUAAAUCCACUUCAAUAUCACUACUUCCUCACUUUCUUCAAUAACAAUUCUUCAUAUCGAAUGACAACAACCCACAUUCUAAAUUGUAUCCCUUUUUCGAACUUCGAUCCUUAGAUGCAUUACGCAUCAAUAAUGAGCUAAUUUCGCAAUCCUCCGUCUCUAUGUUUAUGUUCCUGUUGCAUUUUCCUAGGGUUAGCGUUAAUUAUUCUUGCAUCGUGAUUCGUGAUUCGUGCAUCGUGAUCCAAUCCUCUCUUAAUGAAUUGGGUUUUACGAAAGAUUGCGGAUCUUAAUGAAAGGGGUUUGCUUUGAAUCUUCAUUUUAUUGAUUGGGAAAAAGAGAUGGGUGGAAAACAGGGUUCGAUCAUUCAUCAUGUGGGCAUUGUGUUGUUUUUAAUUUGGUUGCUUUCUUCGUUGGAUUACUUUCACCCACUGGUUUACUUCCUUUCGUUCAUCUAUCUCUACCUUGUUCAUGAUCGUUAUGCAAUGAGAUUGAGAAAAAAGAUACAGUUUGAGGAGCGAAAACAAGCAAAUCAAAAGAGGGUACUUUCGGAUUCUGAAUCUGUAAGGUGGUUGAAUCAUUCUAUUGAAAGGAUAUGGCCAAUAUGUAUGGAAGAGAUAGUCUCACAGAAAAUUCUACUACCUAUCGUACCUUGGUUCUUACAGAAAUACAAACCAUGGACUGUUAAAGAAGCUGUGGUUCAGAAUAUAUACCUCGGAAGAUCUCCUCCUAUGUUUACAGAUAUGAGAGUUUGUCGUCAAUCUACUGGUGAUGAUCAUUUGGUUCUUGAGUUGGGGAUGAAUUUUCGGACAGCUGAAGACAUGAAUGCGAUACUUGCUGUGAAACUGACGAAAAGAUUAGGGUUUGGCAUGUGGACAAAAAUGCAUUUGACAGGAAUGCAUAUUGAAGGGAAGGUGUUACUUGGGGUGAAAUUCCUUCCAAAUUGGCCUUUUGUCGGCCGUUUGAGGGUGUGUUUUGUUGAACCACCGUACUUUCAAUUGACCGUGAAACCAAUUUUUGCUCAUGGGCUCGAUGUUACUGAACUACCUGGGAUUGCCGGAUGGCUGGACAAGCUUCUCACGCUUGCAUUCGAGGAGACACUAGUUGAGCCUAAUAUGUUGGUGGUGGAUCUUGAAAAAUUCGUUUCACCAAAAGCAGAACCUUGGUUUUGUAUUGAUGCCAAAGAGCCAGUUGCUUACACCUUAGUGGAGAUUAUUGAAGCAUCGGGGAUGAAAGCAUCAGACAUGAAUGGGUUGGCUGAUCCUUAUGUAAAAGGACAACUUGGUGCUUAUAGAUUUAGAACAAAAACACAAAAGAAAACAUUAUCCCCAAAAUGGCAAGAGGAGUUCAAAAUCCCCAUUACAACAUGGGAAUCACCGAAUAUUUUAAUGAUUGAAGUCCGUGAUAAAGAUCACUUCAUUGAUGACAUCCUCGGGGAUUGUUGUAUAAAAAUCAAUGAUCUUAGAGAUGGCGAUAAACACGACAUGUGGUUACCUCUUCAAAACAUCAAAACAGGAAGAUUACAUAUCACAGUAAGAGUCACCGAAGUCGAAAAAAAGUCGACUUCACCACCAUGUGAAGUGGAUGCAUUAUUCGAUGAGUUAAAAAAAGAUUCUUCCAUACCUAACACCAGGAAAGGAGCCGCCUCCGGCGACCACCCGCCGGAAAAACCGCCGCCAGUGGCCGACGACUUUGAACCCAUCGAUGUUGAAGGUCAGCGACAGACUGGCAUAUGGGUUCAUCAUCCAGGAUCGGAAGUACCUCAAAUUUGGGAACCGAGAAAAGGGAAGAACAGGGUCAAACCUGGGUCAAACUUAGAUGACAUCAGUUUCUCAGAUGACAGCUUGGAAGGGAAUAAAGUAAACACAAGAAACCGAGUCAAAAGAGGUUUGACUAAAAUUGGGUCAGUUUUGAACAGAACCCUAAAAACAGAGGGUGAAAAAACUAGAAGUUUUAAAAAAAGGGAAAAUUAUGAAAAUUGGGAGUCACAAUCUCCAUCUCCGCGACAAAAUGUUAGGGCGGUGAAUGAGAAUGGGGUGACGGUAAAUUUAGUUAUGGAGGAAAAUUUGCUGUCCCCUGAUGGGGACAUCAAACAGGACGAAAUUUGUCCGGAGAGUCCUAAAAGGAAAGUGAAAGAUGUGGCGAAAAGUAUAUUGAGACAUGCGGGAGAUUCGGCUAGAAGUAUGAAGCAUGUGCUUUCUGGUAAGGGGAGUAAAAUGAGAAGAAAUGCGGAAUUGGCGGUGGAAUCAGACUCUUCGUUUGAGGAUUCCAUUCCGUCGCCUGAUUGUGAAAUUGAAGGAGAAACAAGUCCACGAGUUGGUGUGAUUGAUUCCGUGGAGGGUGUUGAGACAACUCCGGAAUCGGAAAACGGUUCCCGAGGAGAUGAUGUUGAAAGGCGAAUAAUGGAUUCGCUUGUAGUUUGAUAAUGAGUUAUAAUUAGUUUGUUGUACUUUUUUCUUGGAUGUAUGUAAAUGGAAAUGUUUCAUGAUGGUGCUUUUGAUCUCAAUUUUUAAGCAA